GUACUAUGAAAAAAAUAUUACCGAUCAUAUGGCUCAUCAAUUUGGUUAGUGGAAGCCUAUCACUCGAGAAAAAAGCUCCCGAUUUACUUGGAAAAGUAUGUGCAUUUGGAGAUUUCAAUGCAGAUCGGAAUACUGAUAUUCUGGUUUUUGCGAAUGGAACAUUGACGAUUAAUUAUCAAGAAACUAAACUUCUUGAUGUGCUCGAAGCUUCCAAAUUCACACCAGGAACAUCGUUUGCCAUCAGUAAACCCAGCCUGAAUGCAGAUUUUGUUGAAUGUUCAGUUGGCGAUUUCAAUGGAGACUCUAGGCUUGAUGUUUUGGUAUCAAUUCGCGAUAAAGACACUGAAAUCUACAAUCACACUCUCUGGACAUCAGAAAUUGAAGACGAGAAGGAAAUAUUCCGUCCAUUCCACGUGGCAAUGCUUCAACAACAUGCAAUGGCCAUUGAUGUUUCUGAUGAUGGAUGGACUGAUGUUCUUGGAUUCUAUCCGAAUGGAUCAAUGUUCUGUACCGGAUUCAAUAAAGAAGGAAAAUACAAUCUACUGGUGAAUGGUUGCAAACAUGAAUUCGUCGCUUUUCCCGAAAAAUUAAAUAUUUAUCCAGGAAUGCCGCACUUGUUUGUUGACUUGAAUUCCGACCUGAUUGCUGAUAUUGUCUUCAUGACCAAAGAAAGCGAUGGAUCACUUUUCAUGAGUGUUUGGCAAAAGACAAAAAUCAGCUGGCAAUUUAGAGAUUGGGUUCCUAAAUUGACUCCAGCACAAUAUCCAUUCGUUGGUGCUCCAGUUGUUAUGGAUGUUGAUUCGGACGGUGAACUCGACAUUCUAGUACCAAUCUGCCGUGAAGAUGAGUGCUCACACAUUACUCAAAUGGCUUCUUGGUCGAAGACUAAACUUUGGGGAUUGGUGGCCUGUGAUAUGCAAGAUUAUACAGUUAUUAAAGAACCAUUUUCACGAGUUAUAUUCCGCGUUGGAGAAUUCUCGUUGGACAGUUUCCCUGAUAUGGUGGUUAUUGCGCAGGCAACCAGAGCCAACACUCGCCCUGUGAUCAAAGUAAUGGACAAUGCAGAAUGUACAAAAUGUGAAAAGAACGGAACACGACGAUUCGAAAUCCGAGCUCAAGAGAAUAUUCAACCAAAAAAUAUGUCUCUCGGAGUCAUCAAAAUGGGAACAUUUUUUGAUCUUCUUGAAGAUGGAUCAUUGGAUCUUCUUGUUGAGUAUGAAUACGGUGGUCAGACACGUUUUGGAUUCAUCUACUGCCCUGAUAAAGGAGAUACAACAUUCUUGAAAGUUCAAGUUUUCACAGGAGUUUGCAGUGAUCGAUGCAAUCCAAAAUCAAACGAGAUUGGAUCGAGUAUCAGUAUGACUGGUGCAUGUGCUUCUUUCUCAAUGACAGAUGGAUGGGGAGGUAGUACACAGAGUGUAGCAUGUCAAGUUCCGGCUUCAUCAAAUAGAGCACUUUAUCUCCCAUUUUUGUUGUAUGGUCUUGGAAGAAGUCCAAAUUUUGUGGAUGAGUUGAAUAUUGCCAUUCCGAAAUACGCAGAUCGUAAAGAAGAUUGGAAACACAGUCUUAAACAGAUUGUUCCAAAUUCUCGGAUUAUUGUUCUCCCACCAUCGGAUCAAUAUCCACACUGGACGAGUCGGCUCUACGUCACACCAUCAGCUCUUAUUGUUCAGAGUCUUGCCGUCAUUGCUCUCGUAUGCUGUAUGCUUCUAAUGGUUGUCGUAUUCUUACAUUAUCGAGAGAAAAAGGAAGAUCGAUACGAACGACAACAACAAUCUCAUCGAUUCCAUUUCGAUGCCAUGUAGAUUUUUUUGUGAAUUUUAAGAUCAUAUCUUCUUGAAGACGAGAUCGUUUUUUACGGGUUCCCAUCAUUUGUCUCUUUUUUUGCAUAUUUGACCUUUUGAAGCUUCAUCCUGUGUUUAGAUUUCCCAUUUCGAGCUGUGAUUGCACGUCGGAGUAUUUUUAGAGAUCAGCUUUAAAUCCGAGUUUUCCUUGUUUGAAAAUAGAAACAUUAUUUGAAAACAACUGUAAUAUUUAUUCCACGUGACCCCUUACCCUCCAUCACUCUCUUUAUAAACUGAACAGAGACUUUUUCGUUUUUUUGACGAACUAUUAAAAUAAAACUUUUUGAAUUUUUUCCUAA